CUUAGAUUUCUCUCAGUUGUAAAAAUUAAUCCGCAUCAUGCACUACACUGGUCUAAUAUGCAUUUGCCUUUCGGCUUUCUUCUGGAGAAUGUCUGAGGCUGCUCCCUUAGUCAGUAUACAUUCUAGCUCAAAUUCUAGAACCCAGAAAAUGAUCAACGGAAAGCUCAGGACUAUUACCUACAAUGUUGAGGACGAUGUGAAGGAUAUUGGAGGAAAGAUGGUUCACAAUCGAUUUGCCAAUUUCAACUCUGAGAUUAUGAGUCCGAGUGAACAGAAGAAUUUACAACAACGCCUUUCGGAAGUCCAAAAUUAAAUUAUCGAAACCAAAAUUUUGAACUAUUUUUCCCAUAUUUUGAAAAGUUUAAAUAGAAUUCGAUGUUUGAAAUUA